AGUGCCCCGCCGGCACUGGGACUAGGCAUUGCGGCGUGCGCACACACCCCUACUUUCAACGCGAACAAUACGGUCCGGAGCAGCCCUGAGACGCCUCGCACCCUUUAAGUGCUGCUGAGUCCUGAAAACGGCGGUGGAAAAUCGCAACAUCACAUUUCGCUAUAGUGCAGCACCUCGUUUUUUAAAAGUGGACCUAACGCCGCCUUACUUUCUUGACAUGGGAGAUAUGGGUGAUCCGCCGAAAAAAAAGCGCCUGGUCUCGCUUUGUGUCGGGUGUGGAAAUCAGAUUCACGACCAGUAUAUUCUACGGGUUUCUCCGGAUCUGGAGUGGCACGCCGCUUGUUUGAAAUGUGCAGAAUGCAAUCAGUACCUGGACGAGUCUUGUACCUGCUUCGUUCGAGAGGGAAAAACAUACUGCAAAAGGGACUACAUCAGGUUAUACGGUAUAAAGUGCGCUAAAUGCAACAUCGGCUUCAGUAAGAACGACUUCGUGAUGAGGGCGCGCUCCAAGGUCUACCACAUCGAGUGCUUUCGCUGCGUGGCCUGCAGCCGGCAGCUCAUCCCGGGGGACGAGUUCGCCCUGCGCGAAGACGGCCUCUUCUGCAGGGCAGACCACGACGUCGUGGAGCGGGCCACGAUGGGAGCAGGGGACCCCUUAAGCCCUUUACACCCAGCAAGACCAUUGCAGAUGGCAGCAGAGCCCAUAUCUGCUAGACAGCCGGCACUUCGACCUCAUAUUCACAAACAGCCCGAGAAAACGACGCGGGUCCGGACGGUGCUGAACGAGAAGCAGUUACACACCUUGCGGACUUGUUACAACGCCAACCCGAGACCCGACGCUCUCAUGAAGGAACAGCUGGUAGAAAUGACGGGGCUCAGCCCCAGAGUUAUCCGGGUCUGGUUUCAAAACAAGCGCUGCAAAGACAAGAAGCGGAGUAUACUGAUGAAACAGCUACAGCAGCAGCAGUCCAACGAUAAAACGAAUAUCCAGGGAAUGACAGGGACACCAAUGGUGGCCGCGAGUCCGGAGAGACACGACGGUGGUUUGCAGGCAAACCCAGUGGAGGUGCAGAGUUACCAGCCGCCCUGGAAAGUCCUGAGUGAUUUCGCGCUGCAGAGUGACAUUGACCAACCGGCAUUUCAGCAGCUGGUCAAUUUCUCGGAAGGUGGCCCAGGGUCCAAUUCAACUGGGAGUGAAGUUGCAUCGAUGUCCUCUCAACUACCAGAUACACCGAACAGUAUGGUGUCGAGUCCCUUAGAGGCGUGAAGGAACUGGACUAGUUUUUAAGAAGUUUGGGGAAACGUGGUGUCCAUAAGAAGGAUACGAAAAAUGACGGCGGUUACACCCCUUUGCGCCGUAGUUUUUACAUGCGAACACUACAGCUAAUUCAACUGCACGAAGCCUCUUUAUUUAAACGACCUCUGGUUGUAAGUUAACACUGUGAAGACAAUCAUAGGAAUUACACGAAGCUGAAAUGCACCUAAACGUACACCGGGGGAGUCUGCGGAGUAACUCAUGAGAAGAUCACCAAGAGUUGCAGGGAAAUUGUGUGCUUCUGGCCUGUGAAAUAUACGGACCACGCCUCAACUUGAUUAAACGGUGCUGCCUUUUUGGAGCAGAAGUUUGGCCAGUGCUUUUGCCUAACAAGGACGAAGAAUCACACGAAUGAGCUCCGCAAUCUUCACAAAAUCAAUAGACCUGGAAGAAAUCUUCUAUACGUAAUAAUGGCUGGCGGAUUUACACGGAAGUGAAAAUAUAGGCAUUGACACGAGAAAGCAAGAGGAGAAAAAACUGGUAAUAAAAUUAUUUUACAUUGAUGACCCAACUUUCAUUGACCCGAAAGUAAAUGACAAUUGGAGAGGGAUUUACAGAUACCGCUCUUAAUUUUUUUGUUGAAUUAUGUCAAAGCCCAAGUACUAAAGCAUCGCGACGAGGUAUACCUCUAUUUUGCCACAAACAUCAUGGGAACAUUUGAGAGUUUGUCGUCAGUCAAAGAACAUUAUUCUCGCAAAGAUGUGUAUAGUUAUUGGUUAAAAUAACCAGUGGUGAUUCUCUUUAUUCCUGUACUAAAACUAUGAUUAUUAUUUAUUGUCAAAAGACUUGUCACUUUUCAUAGGCUUUUGUUUGCUGAGGUAAAAAGAGGUAUUGUACUGCGAUCUCCGAAUUAUGUCAGAUUUUAUGUGUCUUGUCUUUUGAGGAUUAUGUAUGAUAACGCCAUAUGUGGAAAUACAUCUUAAGGAUUAUUUCACUAAUAAAAGUUUGACAUAAAUCGUA